AUGCCGCUCGAUACGAUAUACCUGACCCGCCAUGGGCAUCGCAUGAACUGGACAAUAGACUAUUCCACCGGCACCUACCACAGCGCAUUCCCAACAGCGACCGGCAAUCCAGCCGAUCCCUCGCUGACCGCCCAUGGCGUCCGACAAUCGCACGAGCUCGCGGCGCACGUCACUUCUGACAAAUUCGCGCCCAAGCCAUGGGUCACAUACUCGAGUCCAUUCUACCGAUGUUUACAGACGAUACAGCCGAGCAUUGACGGGCUGAACAAGCUGCACGAGGCUGAGGGGAAAGAGCAUAGGGGCGUUAGGAUUGAGAACGGUCUAGGGGAAUGGUUCGGUGCGUCGACUUAUUUCGAGCAUCCCCCUCCAGCAUCCCCAUCGCAGUUACGCACUUACUUUCCAACCAUCAUCACCGCUGCGACAGAGCACCAGCACAAGGCGCAUGUGAUCCCGUCGUCUAACGGCGAGACGAUUCCGCAACUGCACAAUCGCGUUGCCACGGCGCUCGCAGCGAUUAUAUCCGAUGUUGAUUCUCAGAUACAAGCCGAAGAAGCUCGGACAGGGAAUAGUAGUAGCAAAGCAAUCCUCAUUUGUUCUCAUGCAGCUCCACUGAUUGCUAUGGGGAGAGCGUUGACGGGGAAUGUGCCUGACGAUGUGAAUACGGAGGACUUUUAUGUCUACACGACUGGGUUGAGUACGUUUGUUCGACGACAAAGUAACCCUGCUGCAGGUGAGACAGUCGGGGAAAGGUCACUACUUGCCGCUGGGACGAAGCUGGUUCCUGAGAAUGAGGUGCAAGUACCCGACUGGAAAGACGGUAAAGGCGUCGGUGGGGGGUGGGAUUGUGUGAGUAAUGGCGAUUGCAGUUUCUUGAGCGGAGGAGAGGAGAGGGGGUGGCAUUUCAAUGGUGAGGAGUCAUUUGACACGGGCCCAAUGACUGAUGGUAAUGAAGAGACCGCGAAGCUAUGA